AUGGUCAAAUCCAACAAGUUCGACUACACAGGUCGCACAUCAUCGGGUCCGAAGCUGGGCAAGUCAAUUGCGUCGGACCUUGAGAAACGUGCAGACAAGAAACAGCGCGAGGCCAUCAGAUCGUUGUCGUCGGCCCCUAGAUUCACCCUCCACAAGCUCGACCUGAAAGUGCCUGGCAAAUCUCUGACUGAUGAGGGCUUUGCUCUUCUCGCUGACGGUCUGCAAAACGCCUUCACCACAUGUCGAGACUUGGCUCUGGUCGAUCUCAACCUCUCCGACAACCAUCUCACUACAAGGUCUCUGGCUCGCCUGGCCCCUCUUAUCCAGGCCUCUCAAUACACUCUGCAAACUCUCGAUCUGUCGCACAACAACUUCCACGUCUCAACCGACAAGCAGGCAGAGGAAUGGCAGUUGUUUCUCCAGUCAUUCCGCAGCUGCAUGACCCUGCGCAGGCUUGAUCUCAGUGAUAAUCCUUCACUCGGAUGCCGUGCGUUUGAGAUUCUUGCCCGAGUCUACUCACGCGAGCCCGCUGUGGAUCCCGAACCAGCCACCGGCAACCACUCUCUCAUCACCUUACCUGACAGCUGCUCUAUACUCAGCCACAGCAGUCUCGAUGCCACCCACUCCACAAACACCAAGGAUCCCAGCCUUUCGACAUGUGCCAACGGAAAGACGCUCGCCGAUGCUUGGCUGCUCAAGCACCGCUGUGGUCUUCGAUCCAUCCCAUACUUGACCUUGACCAAUGUUGGCUUGGACGAUACGGGCGCCCUCUUCCUGUCCUACGUUUUAGAACAACACUAUUAUCCCAUCCAACUUGUCACAGAGAACAACGCAACCGAGGCCUCGUCUUCUAUCCGCACCUACCGUCAAGAUGCCAACACCAAGGGCAUUGAUUGGGACAAGAAUUCCGACUCCCUAUCCAAAGACGGCCUUCACUUGCUCCAAUGUGCUGAAAAGUUGAGAAUGAAGAUGCUUUUGGGGGAUUCAGACAGCAUGACAAGCUCGUUCAUGUCGGCCGGCUUCCCAGACGCACCUGACACGUCCCCUAGAGCCGCAUUCGGUGUCGGCCUGCGCCGUUCGAGCCUUCUUUCGGUUCAGUCCAUGGACUACAGCAUGUUUGACAAGUCCGACAUUCAGAGUGCUCGCAAGAAGAUUCAACGCAACACCAUCGGACACGCUGGUUGUGAGAGUGUCGACCUGUGGCGUGCAUCCCUAGCUGCCAUCAUUGCGUCCCGCAAGGUCUUUCUCCUGGCGCCCGUAUUCAAGACGAACAACACCGCAUGUUCGCUUCUCGAGGAGAACGAGCACAGUGUCGUGUCUAGUCAGAACAAGGAUGGCCAUGCUGACCAAGUUGACAUCAACCAGCUGAUUGACGUGCCUGUCACCGAUGAACGUUUCAAACAUUCUCUGAGCUCGCUGUCGCUCCACUCGGGCCCACUGGACUUCGAAGACGGCCAAUCCAAGCGUUCAUAUGCCGCCACUCUUAUGACAACUUCGCCAGUGGAUUCCAUGAGCCCUGAGCCGACCACUCCUGACGGCAUUCCAGUCUCGCACACCAAGAUUCUUCGAACCAGCGCCUCGUCUCGUGGCCACUCUACAAGUUUCGGAGGAAAUAGCUCGGACGGUAGCCAGAAAUCCGAAGGAUUUGUCAACGCCGAGGGAUACGUGCGAUUCCAGCAAAACAGAAUGGAAAAGUUGAAGGCUUACCACAAGGGUGAGAGCGAUGGCUACAGAGAUGUCAGUCUGCGUUGUCACCUUCCUCUCCCAGUGUGCCUCGAGAUCCUCAGACUCAGCAUGAGCCCUGUCGAUCUCAGUCACCUUGGCGUAGACAAGCAAAAGAAGGCGUUCACGUGGGGCCAGAAGAGGGAGACUCUGAAGAGCGGACACGACUGGAGAAUGAAGGACGAGAGUGCCCAACUUCUGAUGCUCCUUUCGGGUGCAGGUUGCGUCGAGUAUUGA